AUGGAGUUUCAACGUCUGCCGGCCGAGGUGCUGGUCGAGAUUUGCCGCCAUCUCGUCGUCCCCAUGCACAGCAGCCGCCACGGUCACGGCCCUGUCAUAAGGCCAGAGACUGAAGAAGCCCUCGCCUGCCGGGCGGCCCUCGCGCGUCUGAUGAGGACGUGCCGCAACCUGCACGACGUCGCCGGCUGCGUGCUCUAUUCCGGCUACUACCAGCUCUGGCAUCCUUCUGCCGCGUAUCGCUUUCUCAGGACACUCGACCCCCACAGCCAUGAACCAUGCUACGACACGACAACCAAAAGACCACCGGACCUGCUUUCCUUCGACGGUACUCGCCGCCACAUUGUCCGCCACCUUGACAUCCACACCAACCUGGACCGCCGGACCCUGAACAGCGUCCCUUGGACGGGUCAGCAGGGAAGCAUAAUGAACGGCACAUGGAUCGAGACGAUGGCGUCCAGGCUGGGGAUGCCAUUCCCCGAAGGCUGGCACACAGCCCGUCAUUCGGGCGACGAGAACACGGGGGACCAUGCCGCGGAGCACCUGAACCAGCUUCUCCUGCGGUACCUCUCCGACCUGACCAGUGUCAACAUCACCCUUGUCUUCAACUGGGACUUUGACGUGCUCGAAAAAUGGAUCAACGAGCAGCAGGAAACGGAGCAGCAGCAGACCGAGGACGACGAGGAGGUCGAGCCCUUCGCCCCGUUCCGGAACCUCCGACACCUGAAGGUCCACCUGCGGUGUCUCGAGGCCCGGAGCUUCAACUGCCUCAAGGUCAUCAUCAAGAGUGCCCCGUACCUGUCGACACUAGAGAUCUACGACUCCAUCUCCUACCGGCCCCAGCUGCACUCCCGUCUCGAGGCCCUGCGGGUCCUCAAAUUCGACCAGUGCGCGAUGGACCGGAACGCCAUGCGCUUCACCCUCACGGCCGUCCCCAACAUCACCCGUUUCGAGUACCGCCACUCCAACUCCAGCCUGAUCGUCGGCAAGCACCCGGCUCUGACGCCGCGAAUGCUGCGCCACCUGCUGAGUAACGAGUACGAGCUCACGCGCCCGGCGCCACUGAAUGCGAGGGGCCAGCUCGCCAAGGCCGUCCUGCCGGACCUUCACCUCCAGCUGCGGGCCCUCGUUAUUGCGUUCCCCGUCUAUGAGGGCAUGCGGCCCUGGGGCGACGACGAGACGAUCGACAGCCUGCGCCAUUUCGCCAAGCUGCGGAGCCUGAGCAUCGACAGCGACAGCAUCGCCUGUACGUCGCCUCCGGAGCCCCGGCACAUGACGAUCAGCAAUCUUGAGGACAUGGUCCCGGAGACCCUUGAGGCUCUGGAGAUCACGCGGGUCGGCGGCUAUUUCCGGGAGCUGGUCGAGACGAGCCUGCCGAGCAUGGCGCGGGCGGUGAGCAAAGGCCGCUUCGGGAGGCUGCGGCGCAUCGAUCUCCUCGGCUGUCCGGAUGUCAAAGAAGUGAGGAACGAUGUCCAACUCCAUCUCCAUAGAGUGUUUGAGAGGCGAUUAGGGCCUAUGAUAUCGGUCACGAUCCUUGGCGAGGAGGAUUGA